CCGGCCGUGGUCCCCUGUCCUUGCCCCUGCCCCGCGUUCCCGGCCGGAGGAUCUGCGACCUCGCCCGCGCCGCCCGGCUGCUCCUCGGAGUGUGGCACCGAGCCCUCUGGCGGGGUGAUCGGUCCUCCUUGUUCUUGCUCAGGAGAGGCAUCUAUCAGAAGGGUACCGGUGCUCUUUAAAAGUUUUAACCGAAGUGGAAAUGCGCGUCCUCGUUUUCUGGAUCCCUGACGGUUUCCACUCCAGCCGCGGUCCGAGAUCACAUUCAGAGUAAAAGCAAGAGAGAAAGGGGGGAAAGUAGCUACAAGAUCCCUCUGCAGUUGGUCUCUCCCGCCCGAGGAGGGCAGAUGAACUUUGGAGUUAAGAUGCAGGGAGGUGAGCCGGCGCCGGUCCUAAAAGUCUCAGAGAGUGAAGGGAAGCUGGAGGGCCUGGCCACAGCGGUGACCCCGAACAAGAACAGCAGCAACAGCAGCUGUGGGGGUGCGGUCAGCAGUAGCAGCAGCAACAGCAGCCGCGGUGGCAGUACGAAAGGCUGGCAGUACAGUGAUCACAUGGAAAAUGUUUAUGGCUAUUUAAUGAAGUACACCAACCUCGUCACCGGGUGGCAGUACAGGUUUUUUGUUUUAAACAAUGAAGCUGGGCUGUUGGAGUACUUUGUGAAUGAACAAUCUAGAAAUCAGAAACCCAGAGGUACUCUGCAGCUUGCGGGUGCUGUGAUCUCGCCCAGUGAUGAGGAUUCCCACACCUUCACAGUGAAUGCUGCCAGCGGGGAGCAGUAUAAGCUCAGAGCCACAGAUGCUAAGGAGCGGCAGCACUGGGUUAGCAGACUCCAGAUCUGUACACAGCACCACACGGAGGCUAUCGGAAAGAACAAUCCUCCCCUGAAGUCACGGAGCUUCUCCCUUGCAUCUAGUGGUAAUUCUCCCAUAUCCCAGAGGAGACCGAGUCAGAAUGCCAUUUCUUUUUUUAAUGUUGGACAUUCCAAACUGCAGUCGGUGAACAAAAGGGCUCACUUGCAUCCAGACCAUCUUGUGGAAGUUAGAGAAAUGAUGUCUCAUGCUGAAGGACAACAACGAGACCUGAUUCGACGGAUCGAAUGCCUUCCUUCUUCUGGCCUUCUUAGUUCUUUGGACCAGGACCUCUUGAUGCUCAAAGCUACUUCCAUGGCAACUAUGAAUUGCUUAAACGACUGCUUUCACAUUCUCCAGUUGCAGCAUGCAUCACAUCAGAAGGGCUCAUUGCCCUCAGGAACGACAAUUGAGUGGUUGGAACCAAAGAUACCUUUAUCAAACCACUAUAAAAAUGGAGCUGAGCAGCCCUUUGCAACUGAGCCGAGCAAGCCCAUGGCAGUCCUGGAAGCACAGUCUGUUGCAGAGUCUGGAGUAUUAGCAAGGGAACCUGAAGAAAUUGAUGCAGAUGAGGAGAUAGAGGACACCUGUGACAACAAGGAGGACGACCUGGGAGCCGUGGAGGAGCAACGCAGUGUUAUCCUGCAUCUCUUGUCACAGCUCAAGCUGGGCAUGGAUUUAACGAGAGUGGUGCUUCCUACAUUUAUCCUGGAGAAGCGUUCCUUACUGGAGAUGUAUGCAGAUUUUAUGUCUCAUCCAGACUUGUUCAUAGGCAUCACCAAUGGAGCCACGCCUGAGGACCGAAUGAUUCGCUUUGUUGAGUACUACCUUACCUCAUUUCAUGAAGGCCGAAAGGGGGCCAUUGCUAAGAAGCCGUACAAUCCCAUCAUUGGGGAGACUUUCCACUGUUCCUGGAGGAUACCCAAGAGCGAAAUGGCAUCCGGUUUGAGUGGCAACUCUUCCACCCCUGCCAUCACAAAUCAUGCUCCCCUGCUGGAGGAUGCUCUGACCCAGGGGGUCUCAGACUGUUACACUGUCAGAUUUGUUGCUGAGCAGGUUUCCCAUCAUCCUCCAGUCUCAGGGUUUUAUGCAGAAUGUACAGAAAGGAAGAUGUGUGUAAAUGCACAUGUGUGGACUAAAAGCAAGUUCUUAGGCAUGUCAAUAGGUGUGACAAUGGUUGGAGAAGGCAUCCUUAGUCUGUUGGAGCAUGGAGAAGAGUACACGUUUUCCCUGCCGUGUGCAUAUGCGCGAUCCAUUCUCACUGUUCCUUGGGUGGAACUAGGUGGCAAAGUCGGCGUCAACUGUGCAAAGACAGGCUACUCAGCCAGCAUCACUUUUCACACUAAGCCAUUUUAUGGCGGCAAACUGCACCGACGAUUAUGGAAAAAUGUAACAGAUUCUCUGAGGGAAUCUGAAAUUGACAAGGCCACAGAGCACAAACGUACCUUGGAGGAACGCCAGAGAACCGAAGAAAGACAUCGGACUAAAACAGGCACCCCCUGGAAAACCAAAUAUUUUAUUAAAGAGGGAGAUGGCUGGGUUUAUCACAAACCCCUUUGGAAAGUAAUCCCGUCACAACCAGCAGAGUGACACAUGCUUUCUAAGAUUGGACCAAAUGAGGUUCUCCUCUGUGUACCCCAAGCCCUCUCAGACGGAGUCCUUGCACUGAGUGACCUGCCUCCUAAUUGUACAGCAUGAAACUAGCUGAACACGAAUGUACCUACUCGAGCCCAUCACCCUGCAGCAAGACCAAAGUGUUAAGGACCUGUGAUGGGCCUCUCGGCAGCCUGUUCACAACGUGAGCAAUACCAUCUUACAGCCUUCCACCCACCCCACCAGUACGUGUGUCAUCCUCUAUCUGGCCAUGGUCCAAAAGCUGCUCGAGCCCCUGGUUUGUACGGGGGCAACAGAUGACAGCGGUGAGAACUCAGUGACUGUGGUUCCUUUGUAUUGAAAACUUAAGUCUCUUGCAGAGUUUUUUGCUUUCUGUCCAUUUCUGAAGUAUUCACUGAUCUUCUAAACCAACCAAGAGGGAGACGAAGGUGACCUAUAAGUGGAUUCAGCCAUCGUGCCUGAAGUCAGUGUUGACACAUCACAAGGCCUCUUUUCCUCCGGAGGCUGUGCCUGCACCCAAGGAAGCCCACCACCUGCUCUGCUGGAACUCUCUUUUAAAAGUGUAUUUAUAAUUAGAAUUGUAACCAUGGAGGAAUUUUUUUCUUCUGAGCAUUUUAAUAUACUUGAAAACAGCAUUGACUUGAAAAAUUUCAGAACAUUUUUCAAUACCUAGUUUUAUUAAAUAUUACACUUAAGAGACAAUUUUUUAAAAUGUGUUCAUGUCAGUAUGAGAUUUUGGCCUUUCUCAAGAACUAAGGCAUUAAAACAAUAGCAAAUAUUAAAAAAAUACAACUGUUACUUUUUCCUUACCUAUUUUCAUUUGUAGGUUCAUAUUCAGUAUUAUGUGCUAUCCUGAGUAAGUUUGCUUUAUCUGACCUCUGUUUACUCAAAAGUUAAAACUAAACUUGUUCAUGUCUGUCAGUAAUUCAAUUAUGUCUGUGACUGAGUGCACAUAAAGUAUGGUUUUAUUUUCAAGGAAAUUUAAAUGCUGAAGAAAGGGUGUGAAAUAAAAAGCAGGAAUUUGCAUUCAGGUACAAAUUGGUUUUUUUAAUAGGUAUUUUAUUGGGGUUGAAGAGUUGCUGGCAAUGAACAGAAUAGUGCUAAUUAUGGUUUUCAUUUAUUUGAGUAUUUCCUGAGCACCCGCUGGUGGUGCUGACCCUUGUUACUGCAAGCUACCUUCACUGUUCCAGAGUGGUGCCUUACCCUGCUCCUGCCCGUGGUCUUCCAGUCGGCGUGCAACAUGCACCUGUCACUCAGCAGCCGUGCCAGUCGGCUGCGCUGUGCUCUGAGAAACUCUUUUCUUAGAAGGGUUAAAAGGAUGAAAACAUCAACAAUGAUUUUUCAGCACAUUGUAAAUUAAAAGAAUUGGUUUGUGUACAACCAUUUUCCUGAUUCCCUUUUCAUUUUUGCUGUGAAGUGCACUGAAAAAAAAAAUCUCAAAAUGAGCUAUAGUUCAUGUGUUGGGAAAAUUGAAAAAAUAAUAAAAAUAGAGAACAGCA